CCGUUUGGCAUGUUUUGUUUACGGCUUGUUCGGUGUAGUCACCCCCGGUCCAGUUAAACGAUUCAGACUCAAAUCCCUUCACAGUGUAAACUCUGCAAAUGAUGGACAGUCUGGCCACAGGAGGAGCGGACGCAUCCAAGAGAUCAGAGCGAAAACGCCCAAAAAGCAGGACCUCCAAACGGCCCGGAAACCAUCCAGGCCGAAUCCAUCCCCGACGAAGAGACACCCGGAGAGGGUAACCGUGGCGCGAGCGCCUCAGCUCAAGCUGCCAGGAGCUGGAAGAACUGAGAAACACAACGAGAAUGGAUUUGAAGUCAGUUUUACAGCGGAUAAGCAACAGGACCUGCAGCUGAAGCCUCUUUUAUCUCCUGGUGAAAAUGCAGUGAAGUCAUUUGAAGAAAGUAAGAUGCAACGUCURGAAGCGGACACGCCCGACAUGGAAACGAGCGGCGUCUCGCCGGUCGUGGAUGUCAUGGAGAGUACGUCCGCCCCGACGGGAUGGGUCAUCGGCCCGUUGUUCCAGUCGCUGAAGUCAAAGAUGGCCAGCUUUACUGAGAUCGUCAUGUCUCCUGUGAAACUGUUCAGAGCCAGCAGCCCUCCGCCCUCCAUGGACCGUCUGAACCCACCCGGUGACUCUGAGCUACGGGCCGAUGCAGAGCCCGCAGAGGGAGGAGACGAGUUUCAUCCAGGAGGACUGGUUGAAAGCAAGGAUCUGGACAGCAGUACUGAUCAGCGAGGGCUUAGUGACUGUGMAGGAACACAAAGUGCUGAAAUUCUUGAUUCCGGUUGUUUGAUAAAAACGUUUACAUCACGUUGUUCUGGAUGUGCAGCCGAGCCAGCAAUAAAUCCAAAGGAUUCAGUGCCUUUAGCCGGUGUUUUAUCCAAACCUUUUGACUCCUUCGUCCUACAGUCUUUAGCCAAAGUAAGUGCCUCACAAAAGGCUGAUUUAAAAUCAGCCGAGCGGGACACCUCCUGCRUGACACCACUGUCCGGACCGGUUAAAAGGAACGGAUCCGAGUCAAAGAGCGUUAACUCUGAGGACAAACAUCAACAGCCUCAAUGUGACUCCAGAGACAUGAACGCCUCAGUCCACCCUCACAGUGCUGAUGAAAGUCAGAACAAUCUGCUUGACGAGACAAAUAAACCUUUUCUGGACACGCAGCAGACCCAGUCCCAGCUGGACUCCGAGGUGUGUUCAGUCUCGGACGCCGUGCGGCCGAAGAGGGGUUUGAAGCCGAGCUGUCACCCCCAAGGCUCCGCUAAGAGGAAAAAAGUGACGGACAAUACAAAACCCCCGCGGCUUUUCCACGUGGCUUUGCAUAAAGAUUCAAGAGCGUCGAGAAGGGGGGCGGCMUCGAUGAACACCACGACACGCGAAGAGGAAAUAAUACGGCUCGACGACAAAAGACCAGCCGUGCUCACAAAGUCUAGGAGAAAAGGAAAAAACGAAGAAGCGGCGACGAUCCAUCAGACAGAACCAUCUGAAGCCAUGUUCAUGUGUUCGUUUGAGACAGACAGCCUGGAGCCACGAGAAGAACCGAAGAGCGGCCGAGCGAAGCCCGCCGGAUCGUCCUCGAGACCGAAGAAAAGUCUUUUCAGAGCGGAUGAGAUGGAUCUGGAAACGACCACGCCGAUCACCGAAGCUCUCCUCCGUCCAAACAUAAAGCAGCCCGGCGAUGCGAGCAAGAAGCCGAUAAAACGUAAAAUAACCCGUGUGAGUUGUGUUACAGAGAGCUCAUCGUUAGAACCCGUGACUCUGGAUCUCAGCUCCUCUCAGGGWGCACAAAGAGCCGACGCUGCAGCGCUGAGCCGACCGUCCAAGAGAUCCAGAGACGGUCUCAGGGCCGCUGGGAGGUCUCCGGGGUUCAGCCAAACUCAAGAGGCGACAAAACAAAUCAGCAAAUUCAACUCAAAAACCAAAGAGAACCAAAGCCACACAGCAGAUUCUGCAUAUUUUGAAAUGACUCUUGUUGAAAGUAACCCCCAGCUUAACUUGGACUGUUACGUGCAGCUAAAAGACGUUUCUGUCGCCUCUGUGGUGGAUGAGAUCUUCCUCACAGACACUGAGGUCACAACCUGCAGCCGUGGUGCGAGAGACGCCGUCGUGAGGUGCCGACGAGCAGAUAACCACAGGAGGAGAAGCAGGGCGCUGCCCGGUCGCAGUCACACAAGCGUGGAGGGGUUGAAGUCCGUCACGAUGGAGGACACGGAUCUGGCCUCGUCAGGAAGCAGCUCCUCGGUGCGCCUGCUGCGCAGCUACUCCUGUCCGGAGAUCCCGUCCCUCCGGCCCCACGACUCCACCUGGACGUCUCCGAAUUCACCGCACGCCAGCAGGACGCAGGUGCCGCAGCACCACGGUCACUCCCACAAACCCCUGAGGCGAGCUCGCAGGCACACGGUGUGCAGCGUGGAGGUGGAGAGGGAGAUCGCCCCGCUCUGUCUCAGGAAGGAGGUGUACCCYUCCAGAAGAUGGCUCCCCGCCGCUCUGCACAUGUCUCCAAGUCACUCACACACUCCCAGCACCUCCCUCUCAGCUCUCGCCUCCUGCUUCCUGUCCAGCCCCUUGGCUUUCCUCUCCAAGAGGUCCGACUGCAGAGGAGCCGCUGCCGCUCCUAGUCACGCUUCUCCUCCCUCCUCUUCCUCGGUAACAUCCCCAUCAAGCUCCUCGACGUGGCGUCCUUUAGUCUUCAUGUCCACAGCCGGCUCUGCUGCUGCUUUAGAGUCCUGCAGCAGUGAGAAUCCCUUACGCUGUGAGGAGGAGAGGAGGCAGCAAAGCGAAGAGGAAGAUGAUGGCGAGGACACGAGUUCCUCCAGUCAGGAGUUUGAAGAUGUUUGCGCGAGAGAGGAAAAAGCCGUGUCUGAUUUUGAAACAAAAGUUGGGAAGAAACGCGAGGAACGAGGAAAGGUGUCUUCUAUCAAAAUCCGGAAAACUUUACCCAGACCUCAGACCAACCUGACGCCCAUGGGUCUGCCCAAACCCAUCAGGUUGAAGAAGAAGCAGUUUAGUUUAGAGGAAAUUUACACCAACAAGAACUUCAGAAACCCACCUGAAAGCCGUCUGGAAACGAUAUUCGAGGUGCCUCUCAGUCGCAAGAACGGCUCCGAGUCCUGGUGCGGUCCGAGACGUGUCAAACGCUUCCUGGAGUUCCUGGAGGUCGGCACGGUCAGGAAACCGAAGAAGCCUCUGAUCGGAGCCGUGAAAGCGGGACUUUCCUCCUCCUCCUCCUCCUCCUCUUCCUCCUCGUCGUCGUCCUCCUCCAGGACGAGACGAGGAGGCUUCCCUAAACACGAAGCGUCCCUCGGCGUUCAGGACGUGGACUCGCUGCUCUGCUCCAAACUGGACGAGUUGAGUUUGUGGCUGAUCCACGAUCAGAGGGAGGCAGAUUUAUAAACAAAUAAAGAGAUUUGUGAAAACGAUUGUUGCGGCUCCUCAGGCCGUGUCUAAAGAAGCUCCAAGUAAAGAAUUCAGGUUUUAUUUUCUAGUUUGUAGCCGACAAGUUAAAAAACAAUUAAGUCCAACUUGUUUGUUUACAUUUUGUAAAGUUAAGUAUAUAUUUACAGCAAGUCGGGUUUUUAUUUAUAUUUACAAACUUCUGCUGUCCAUCUUAGAUACUUUGAAACUGUAUUAAAGCGAACUUAUUUUUCGUAUUUUAACAUGGUUAAAGUUUUGUCUCCACUCUGCAGAGUCAGCCGAGCACCCUGCAGCGUUAAGUUUAUAACAAAGGCAGCUAUUUUAUAAGAAUUAAAUAGAAAUAAAAUGUUCUAACAUGAGAAACAAUGAAGGUUCAGUACAAUCAAAGAGUUUAAAACAAGCUUCGGACUGAUAAAAGCCCUUUCCUCUGCUCAGGCUGCUUUUUUUUACUUAUUUGUUGUAAACCUGUGGAGUUUUUGUUUUUGUUUUGUUUUUAUAAACUAACCAUCAUGGCACUCCAGAGUUAAUCAGACCGCGUCCAUCGCUGUUGUGCUUUUAUUUUAUUUGGUAGUUCAAUUUUAUAUAUUUUUUGUCCCAGUUGUCUGUUUUUUUACGUAUAAAAUGUGUUUUGUAGUAAACGAUGUUGCCUUAACUGUAACAACUCAGCGCACAAAAAAUCCACAGUUUUAUUAUAAAAUAACUCAGUAAAAAAAGUACAACUUAUGUAGACAUUUAACAUUUGUAACAAUGCAAUAAUGCCAGUUCACCGUUGGCAGAGAUCCCAUGAUGUCCUUUUUAAAGCACUGCCAUGUUCACUACGCCUUUCUGCUUCCAGUGGACGCUCGGUACUCGGCGUGUACUUUGUAUUAUUUGUAGUAUAUGUACAGUAACAAUGAGUAUUUCACCACUGGUGACAAAAAUACAUCAAAAACUGGCGCACGACUGUUCUGAUCUAAUGUGUGAGUGCGUUUGAAAAGGUUUCUGCCUUUUUUUAUGUUUUCUCUGAGUUUAGGUUUUGUUUUCAGUCUCCUUGUAAUUUGUUUUUUGUGGUUGUAGCUUAUAGAAAACUGAAAGAGAAGCAGAAAGCCUUUCAAAUGCACCUGGUUUGUGUCAUACAGUAUUUUAAAUUAUAGGCAAUGCUGGAUUGUGUUUUCUGGUCGUUUCAAGUUAAAUAAAAUGCACAUAAAGGUUGUGAA